AUGGACCCAAUGCGGGCACUGUGGGCCAUCCAGUUGGACACCCCAGGAAGGAUGGAAUUUCAUGAAACACACCAGGCUGCAGAGGCAGGGAGUCAUCAUAGUGACACCAGGCAGCCAGUGGAACCACGCACUCGUGACUCGGAAUUGAGCACAAGCACCAGCCCCGCUCCGUCUGGACGUGAGUCAUCCCACGCGGACUCGGAUCAAUCAUUACGUGCGCCAACAAGCACAAGUGUCAUUCAUGAUAUCUUUGAUGGAGAGUCGGACAUUGAGCCAGUGCGAGUUGUUCCGCAGCCAAGCACUGCUCCUGCGUCAAGUGGUGCGCGCAAUCUUCAGACUCGUAGUGUGAUUGACGACUCAGAUCAGGCUGCAAGCUGCAAUAAUUCACCGAAGCAAUCCAACAACCAGCUGCUCUGUGACUACGAUGACGAUGACGAUGAUGAUGACAACUUCUUUUUCGGGGCGGAUGCAGAACUCAAGUGCAUGAUUGAUAAAUUUUCUGCCAUCGGUGACGACAACAACAACAUUAUUCAAGAUGUUCCGACCACGGCAGCACCUGAUUCACCAUUGCCAGAACAUGCUUCCUCAGCCAAUGGUACCAAGACCAAGGUACUGCAUGCAACCAUGCCAACAUGGCUUGCAGACAAGUAUGCAGAUGCCCGCACUCGUCUUGAUUCUGAAAUCGCAAAGACCGGGAGACCAGUGUGUUACGAGAGUGGGCAGUUCACCAUGACUGCACCUCCACUGGUAUUUUCCUGUGUCAUCCCUUUUGAGAUUGAGCCCUGA